UGUAAAUUAUACAUCACAGGAGUUUAGCUGAAUGGUUUCGACGAUCAAUGAAAAUCUCUGAAAACUGCAGAAAAUGCUUGAUUACUCAUGUAAAGUGUAUCAGAUUCGAAGACCGUCAAGUGAGGUUUAUAAGAUAUAUCUGACAAUACAUCACUGGAUUUGUCAUGGGGAACAUCCUAGGAAAGGUCUUACCAGUAUCAUACUACUCACAUAGGGGAGAUAACUAUAGACACAAGUCAGAAGAAACAAGUUCAGCACAACAUGGCCAUGUAGACAGUAAAGCAAUAAACGAUGCUACACAAGAAAGUUCAAAUCAUACAUUCAGGGGAGGUAAUGAAGGUACUUCAGUGGAUGAAGUUGUUCUUCCUGUAUCCGAUAUACAUGUUAUUCUAGAGAUCCUUGAAACUGUUAGGCAAGGAAAGCUUCAAGAUGUGUGUCACAGAGUGAAGUCGCUGGAUCAAACAGAAGGUUACUGGAGAGGGACAGGAGUGUAUAAGAAAGUUCCUCUUGAAGAGAACAAAUCAGACAUAGAUGCUAACACACAGGAUGCAAAUUCUGAAAAAGAUGCUGAUGGUGAUGUCAAAGAAGAAUUAGUUUCUAACGAGGCAUCUUUGAAAGAUGAUAACAAAGGCAAAGAGCUUGACCACAUUGGUGACAAGCUAAGUGAACUAAGUGAUCAAGAGACUGAUGUGUUACAAGCUCUUAGAAAUACUGGAGAAAAUGUCACAGAAGGAGUUGAAUCUUUCAAAAGUGCAACAAAAGAUCGCCUUAAAAAAGUGACAUGGGAAAUGACCGAUGCUGAAAACACUAUUAAUGAAGACAAAGCCGAGAGGUUGCAUAGUUUAUCUUUAAAAAGUGAUGAUGACAGACCAAAUAAUUUAGAUCUGAAUUUAAAUGAAAAAAUUCCAGAAAUUAAGAAAUUCUUGCCAGGUGAUAGUAGUAGUGAAGAUGAGUCACCAUUAGCAACAGAAGCAACAAACUCUGGAAAAGCUGGUGCAUCAUGGGAUAUUGAUAUUACCGCUGGUACAUCUGGGUCCAGUAAACCUAGCAAAAGGUUGCAGGCUUUGAAGCGAGCUAGAACACAAGGCUGUGGGGAGAGAUACGUUCCUCCAAAGGUUAUGGUUUCAGCAAAUCAGAUUGCACAAAGAAAAGUUCUUGAUUUGAAAAGAUGGUAUUGCAUGAGUAGACCCCAGUACAAGACAUCCUGUGGAAUAUCUUCUCUAGUGUCCUGCUGGAACUAUUUGUUUAGUACACUGGGACACGGCAAUUUACAUCCAAUCACCCAGGAGGAAGCUUUGACUACAUUGACAUUUAAACCACCAUUCAGUGACAUCAGAUUUGGACCAUUUACUGGGAAUGCUACACUGAUGAGAUGGUUUCGACAUUUGAAUGACCAUUAUAAGGUGAGAGGUAGGUGCCUGUAUGUGUACAAACCACAUGGUAAAAAUAAAACAGUAGGCGUGACAGCCGAGGAUGCCCUAGCAACUGUAAAGAAGGGGCUGAAUGAUCCAAAUACCACAUACAUCUACCACUGCCAGAACCAUUAUUUCUGUCCUAUAGGGUUUGAAGAUGUGCCUCAGUCUCCUACACAAGCUUAUAGUGGUCCAGCAGAUAAUGCUGAUACCUGGAUAUUAAUUGGAGAUCCUAGUCGUAAACAUCCCAGUGUUCAUUGUAAAAGAUGGGAAGAUAUAGUAACUGAUUUAAACUGCCAAAGUCCCGAGUACUUGGAUAUCCGUAGGCUUGAUAAAGGUUUGCAGAAGAGGAAUACCAAAAAGACUGGAGGGAACCUGCACUGCAUCAUGGCAUUCCAGAGAAGUCCAUUUAUGAACACGAGGAGAACCAACAUACCAGUGUUGUCCAGCCGAACUCUCAGUCCCUCUGGAAGGUGUGGGCACGAGUCUCGUGGACACAGCCCAGGGAGGAUUCACAACCAUGUUAGAGUAGAAAGAACUGUUAGUCCGGUGAGAAAAUCUCCAACGAGUCCUGCCAGUCCAGUAGAGGAAAGAGAUGUGCACAGACAUCCAGAGAUUGAGGCCAGGUAUGAACUUUUUGCACCGGAAGAUGAUGAGGAUGAUGAAGGGAUGUGUGAUGACAGUACAACUAGUUCUGAAGUCAGUGCCCUUCUGUAAACUGGGAACCAGCCAAGGAAAUAUUGGGAAAUCUUGAAUAAACAUUUGCUGGGUGGUUUCUGGCUUCAAAAUACAUUCCACUACAGACUGAAAUAAACAUUCUGUAAUAAAGUAUAAAGUUUUAAUUAAGGUAUUAUGUACACUAUAUUUGCUGUACAUAAUUUGCUUUAAGGUUUAAUUGUGGAAAUGUACAUGUAAGGUUUAUGUGUACAUAGUUUGGUUUAAGAUUUGCAUACUUCUACCUAAUAAUCAUUAGAUCGUUAGGGGAAAAUUGUCAAAGAUGAUGUAGACAAGCUUAAGGAUGAUAAAUAAGCUUGUUCGCUUAAAAAUUGUAAAAUUCUUGAAAACAAUAGAAAUUUACAACUUUUUGGUUGUACAUGCUCAAUAUAUUUAUAUUGAUCCUAUGUAAAUAUAUGAUUGCGCUUGAGCAAGUGACUUCAUUUUACAGACUGAGAAACGUGGUUUCACAGCUUGACAUUUAAAAUAUUUACCAGCAUCAGUAAAGCAUUUUGUCAAAAAUGUACAUGCUUGCAUUUUGAUUUUCUCUAUAAUAAAAUCAUUGUCAUACAGAUGCAUAUUAUGUCAUCACUCGAGUUGUGCCCUUGUGAUAUAAUUCUUUUGCAUCUGAAUUCUAAACAAUGAUUUUAUUCAGUAACUAAAUCACUGUGGAUUUAUUGUUUCUUUAGGACAUUUCCUAAACUUAUAUUCUGUGGACAGAUUUUUUUUAGAUUUGACAUAAAUUUACUUCAAGUGCAAAACAUUUAAUGAUAGAUGUUUCUGUACUUAGUCUGUUGGUUCAAAACUGUGGAAUGAACUGCCGUUAGAAUGAUGCAAAAGUAAAUAAAAAAAAAUCUUAAGACACUGUAUUUUAGAGACUUCAUUGUAUUGUUUUAAAUUUUUUGAUAAUUGUUUUAUAUGCCAUAACAGCAGGACUGGUGUUAGUCUUUAAAUUUUUGUGAGUUUUUACAUGUCAUCAUUUAUAUUUUUAAGGUUUAUUAAAUUAAAUAUACAACACCAUUGAAUAUGUCAUUGCAUAGAAAUAGGCAUUUAAACAAAUUAAUCAGUUUCAGUUUCAAACAGAAGGAAAUCAGAUAUAUCAUUUUGAGACCAGUGAAUGACUGUUAAUGAUGUUAGUUACAGAAUCAAAUUGUCUAAUAAUGUUCAGUUCAUUACAACACUGAUGAAUGUAGUUCAGCAAAAUUUUGAACACGAUAUAUAUUUCUACAGGCAUGUUUGAAUGAAAAUAAUCACGGUCCUCGUAACUGUUAGUGAUUAAAUUCAUUUACAUCUGAACAAUGGUAAGUCAGACUAUUAAGCAAGCGACAGCUUGGUUUAUUGACUAUAAGAAAAUGAAAUAAUUUCUCGUCUGUAAGUGCUUUAGAAACAAAAUGAUAUAUUUCUGUUGUCCUUGUUUGACAGAAAACAUUCUAAACUUUGUUCUCUGCGAAACUUUUUGGGUGUUUGAAAUCAGUUAUAAUUGUUUGCAUUUUAAAGACUUUAAAUAUUAGUCAAGUAAAAUUGGAAAAAAGUAAUUGUUUCGAAUUAUUUCGCCCCUUCAACACAGAAGGACGUAAAUUGGAGUCACUUGAUUUCAUACAUCAUGUUGAUGAGAAGUUGUUUGUCCACAGACUGUACAUAGUAACCAGUUUGAGAUGAUUCAGUGCAUAUCAUUGUACUAAAGUGGCCUAAAAUUUAUGCAGACAUAUCACAGCAUAGUCUCUUAAUAGAGGGGCAUGCCUCCAGAUAAAUAUCGGAAUUUAUUUUUUUAAACAGAUUACAAUUAUCAGAAAUGAUAAACCAUUAUUUUUUAAGUAUAUAUCUCGAUAUGUUUGAUCUAAAGAAAAGCUACAUGCCUUAAUUUGUAUUAAUAAAUUUCAAUAGCCUUUCUGAAGUUUUUUACUUAUUCUGUUGAUUAUCUGUUGAUAAUUAGUGAUUUUUUCGAUAUAAACUUUCUAAAAUGUUCAGAAUCACUUUAAAAUUUCUUUUUGUUGCAUUUACUCACUAAUGAAAGUGUUUUCUAAAUAUCGACAAAUGUGACUUAAAUCUGGAGCCAUGCACUUUAAAAAUGUAGAUUUAAGCUCUUAUUAUCGAUUAUUAUGCCCCCCUUCGAAGAAGAGGGGUAUAUUGUUUUGCAGAUGUCGGUCGGUCGGUCUAUAAUUAUGUAGACCAAUCCGUUUCCGGAUGAUAACUCAAGAACGCUUAGGCCUAGGAUCAUGAAAGUUGAUAGAAGGUUGGUCAUCACCUGCAGAUGACCCCUAUUGAUUUUGAGAUCUGUAUGUCAAAGGUCAAGGUCACAGUGACCCUGACCAGUUAAACGGUUUCCGGAUGAUAACUCAAGAACACUUGGGCCUAGGAUCAUGAACGUUGAUAGGGAGGUUAGUCAUGACCAGCAGAUGACCCCUGUUGAUUUUGAGGUCAGUAUGUCACAGUUCAAGGUCACAGUGACCCGGAACAGUUAAAAGGUUUCCGGAUGAUAACUCAAGAUUGCUUUGGCCUAGGAUCGUGAAAGUUGAUCAUGACAGGCAGAUGACCCCAAUUGAUUUUGAGGUCAGUAGGUUAAAGGUCAAGGUCACAGUGACCAGGAAGAGUAAAACGGUUUCCGGGCGAUAACUCAAAAACGCUUGGGUCUAGGAUCAGGAAAAUUGAUAGGGAGAUUGAUCAUGUCCAGCAGAUGACCCCUAUUGAUUUUGAGGUCAUUUGGUCAAAGUUCAAGGUCAGAUUGGCCAGGAACAGUUAAACGGUUUCUGACGAUAACUUGGGAAUGCUUGUCCAAGGGUCAUGAAAGAUGAUAGAGAGGUUCAUCAUGACCAGCAGAUGAGGUCAAAGGUCAAGGUUACAGUGACCCGGAACAUUUAAACCAUUUCCAGACAAUAACUUGAGAACGCUUGGGCCUAGGGUCAUGAAACAUGAUAGGGAGGUUGGUCAUGACCUGUAGAUGGCCCCUAUAGAUUUUGAGGUCUGUCAGCUAAAGGUCAAGGUCACAUUGACCUGGAACAGUUAAACCCUUUCCGGACGAUACCUUGAGAACGUUUGGGCAAGGAUAACUAAACUUAAUAGGGAGAUUGAUCAUGACCAGCAGAUGACCCCUGCUGAUUUUGAGGUCAAUAGGUCAAAGGUCAAUGUCAAAUUGAACCAGAACAGUAGAAUUUUUGUUUACAGUGAGCAAAUAAUUUCUGUUCCUUGUGCAAUUACUGAAUGCAUCAAGGGGGGCAUUUCGUGUUCGACGAGCUCUUGUUUAAAUGGUAGCUCGAGUUUGUUUUUGAAUAUGAAAAGUUAUGUUCAUUACAUUACACAUUUAAUCCAAGGGCACCAUACAUACAGUUUUCCUUGCUCUGCAGGAAAUUUGAUUUUUAAUAAUGAUUUUUUUUAAAAUCUGGUUUCUUUGCUUUCCUUGAGCUUUUUAUGCGUCGGAAGGUUAUAAAGAAACUGUUUCAAAUGCUUCUUUAUCUAUGUGCAUAACACUUCUGCCACUUUAGCAUGUAUUUGUUACCUUAAAGUGCAGAGAUGUUGUGUAGGUUUUUUUUGGCAAUUAUGUGAUUUCAUUUUCCGAAAAUGGUAUUGGUUAAUUAUAGAAAAGUCUACAUUAUUUCAGGUUUAGUUUUAAUAAAAGUCCCAUUAAUUAAUUUGGUUGUUAAAUUCUUGUUUUAUACCUUGUGUUCAUGUAAUGCAGCUAAUUAAUAAUCUUUCUUGUUUGUUUUGUUGAUGUAUUAAUUAUCUUUACAUUCAUUAUAUACGUAUUUCUAAGUUAUCGGUCCUAUUUAUUGUGGGUUCUCCUUUUAUUGUUAUAUCUUAUUUUGUUUUAUGAUUUUAAUUUGUAAGGUAUGGUAAAUUUUCAGUUUUAUGUUUUUCCGUCCAUAAAGAAAGCUUUUGCAUUAUAAAAUUUUACCAUUUUUUUCACAUAGAAGUGUAUUAUUUGUUUAAGUGAUAUCCGUAUUUAUUUUAUUUAUUGAAUGGUAAAGGUAUACUAUAUAUUUUACAUUAACUAAAAUUAUUUUAUUAUUACAUUAUAUACUAUGCAAUAAACUAUAAAAUUUA